GGGUAUAAAAAAAAUAAAUUUUAAAAUAUGUUUGUAAUUAUCUACAAAAUUAAAUAGUUUUAAAUCGAAUUAAAACAAUUUCCAUUGAAAUGGAAAAAAUAGUCACUAAUAAAAUGACUGUAGUGCUUAACGAUAUAAAGCAAUAAUUUUGGCCGAUUUCAAAAUGAAUUGGAAAUUCUUUAUAAUAAUUUUUACUUCUCAGUUAAUAAGAUAUUCAUGGGCUUCUUUGAAGCUUACAAAUAUAAAAUGUGAAGAACUCGAUUCAAAAUUUGCCGCAUUCAAUGAGUGUCGUCUACGACUGCCCAAACGUAAUACAGUGGCUUUAUUUCUUUAUGUUAAACUUUUUCAACUACCAGUAAAUAAUGUGUCGAUCAAUUUAUCCCUAAUGAAAAAAGCUAAUGGUUAUAAACCAUUUUUGUAUAAUGUAUCAACAGAUUUUUGCCUAUUUAUGAAGAACAAGAGACAACAUCCAUUUUUAAAUUUCUUUUUAAAUUUGCUGGUCAAAGCCUCAAAUAUAAAUCAUACGUGUCCAUUUAAUCAUGAUGUUAUUGUUCGUAAUUUAGUUCUUCAAGAGUCAAUGUUUCAAAUUUUACCACUACCAUCGGGCGACUAUAUGUUCAAGUUAAAAGUGGCCGCCUAUAAUGAUUGGAAGGCAGACGUGAAAGUUUACUUUCAUAGAAAUGACAAUGGAAUUUAAACCGAAUCAAAAUACAUCCAUAAACUAAAUUAUGUACACUUUAUUUAUUAGAUUCAGUGAAUAAUAUAUAUCUGCUUGAAACUAUCAUCAUACUAACCUAAGACAUCUGAGGAGGAAGCUUUCGUCUUUUUUCUUUCCUCUUUUCAUUACCCCAUAGGGGUAAUGGACUCCUAGCAUUGAACGGAAGCUGUUUCAAAAUUUAAUUUUAAAUUAUAUUUUGAGUUUUUAAUUUGGCGUAAUAAAUGGUACGACUUAUUUUAAACCUAAAAUGUACUGUGUAUCGGCUAUAUUUCGAUGAUUGGACUGGUAAAAGUAUAUGUUAUAGCAAAUAAAUAUUAUUCACUGAACCACAUAAACCAAAAUCUACAAUUUGUACAUGAAAAUUUUGAAAAAAAUAACAAAAUGUAUUUUUAAUUAAUCGAAAAAUUAAUUUGUGCUUAUAAAUUAGUAAUCAAAUUAAACUAAUUUAUUUUUAAAUAAUUCAUAUUAAAUACUCUUAAAAGAAAAUGUAAUAAAAAUGG